AUGAGCACAAACCAUCAAAGACGACCUCGAGUAGCUCCUCCUCCAUCCACAGCAAUAAUGGACACUACAGAUCCAGUUUCUGAUACUAUCACAACUCCUCCAGCUCAAACUGAUCGACGUGAAAAACGUUGUCUAAUAUGGUCAAAACUAGCAUUUGCAGCACUUGUUCCUCUAAUGAUUGGCAUUGCUACUGUUCUUAUCGCUUUACAACAACAAAGAAGUGAAGAUCGUCGUUUUCAACAGACGCAAGAGAAUGAAGAUCGUCGACGUGAACAAGAUCAACAACAAGCAAACGAUCUUCACUAUCAAGAUGUCUAUAAAACAUACAUCUCCGACAUUUCUAAUGCAAUCUUUAAGCAACAAGAUCAAUCUAAUUCAUUCGCUGAUCUCCGCACACGUCUGGACUACAUCCGCAGUCAAACUCUAACAGCUUUGUUAGAUUUAGAUUGUCGACGAAAGACAUGGCUCUUUGAGUUUUUGCAUGGAAACGAACUUCUUGCUGGUCCUCCUCAAUCAACAUCGCUGGAUCUCAGUGGCGCCGCCCUGUCGUGUAUUCGAAUAACGAAGAGUAUAAACUCAAAAAACCUGAGAUUCAACGCAUUAGCAUUGUCAUCAGUUGAUUUAACAAAUGCAUCUUUCAUCGACCGAUACUUCGAAUACGGGGCUGAUUUUAGUGGAUCAGCAAUGGAAAACAUAAACUUUACACGAUCCCGUUUUGUUCGUCAGGGUGAAAAUCCGAGAUUUUUGUUUAAAGAUGCUAAUCUGUUCGGUGCUGAUUUCUCUGGUGCAGCAUUAUCUGACGUUAGUUUUGGAGGAGCAGAUCUGUCGUAUGCAGUUUUCAACGCAGUUGAGUUUGGUGAACAAGUUGAUCUGACCGGAACAAAUCUGGUAUUUACAACUUUCAAAGACGUCAAGUUGUCUCCUUCCUUUCCUAUGAUUAUUACCAAUGCCAAUAUGACCGGUGCUUUAAUCUUGGAACAAGAAUGGUUCAUAUCUGCAAUGAACCGCGGUCAAAUUCAUAUGAUGGAUGUAAUACUGCCAAACGGUACGUGGCUGUUGAAUGAGACGAAGAACUUCAUUCGAAAUGGAAAUGCAGAAGAAAACUGUAUAUCAUUAACUGAUAUAACAGGAAUUCCCAACUGGUCUACAUUUAGUUCGGUUCCUAACAGUGCCCUUCCGACAUUAUCUGGAACUCGUCGUAAUGACUCGUCGAUCAGUUGUUUGUUUAAUUUUACUUCGACAACUGCUGACAAACCUAGUUCUGAAGCUGAGUAUCAUUUAUCCUUUGACGUCGCCGGAUGUCAAGGUGGUUUUAUGCAAAUACAAUUCAAAAUCUUCUCAUCAGUGACUACACCCGUACAGUCAUUGUUUUUUGUUAAUGGAACUGAUCAACUACAUUGGCUGAGGCGAACUAUAUCCGAAAAAACUCGUGCGAAUACACAUACCAUACAGGUUGAAAUUGCAGGAGGAGAUCAUACAGGAUUCUGUUACGUGGACAAUGUUGAGUUUUAUAUUCGUCGAAGUGGGAACAGGAAGUGA